AUGGGCGUGAUGGGCAGGCUCAAGAUCUUCGUCGUCAAGGAGCCCGUCGUCGCCGCCUCCUGCCUCAUCGCCGGAUUCGCCACCACCACCCCCAACCCACCGGAGCAGACCAAGGCGGCGCCGCGGCGACCUCACCUCCUGCCAAGGGAAAUGACUACCGUUCCGGGGUCUCUGGUCUGGGAGCUGGUGAAGAAGAACAACUGCUUCUUGAUCAAGCAGUUCGGCAACAGCAACGCCAAGGUGCAGUUCAGCAAGGAGCCCAACAACCUCUACAAUGUCCACUCCUACAAGUUCUCCGGCUUGGCGAACAGCAAGACCGUGGCGGUCCAGCCCUCUGCAGGAGAGGACAAGGCUGUCGUCCUGUCCACGACCAAGACCAAGAAGCAGAACACCCCUGCCAAGCUCCAGCACAAGACUCUGAUGCGCAAGGAGUUCCGCAAGAUGGCCAAGUCCGUCAAGAACCAGGUCUGCGACAACUACUACAGGCCUGAUCUGACCAAGCCGGCCCUUGCAAGGCUGAGCGCCGUGUACCGCAGCCUCCAGGUUUCCAAGUCUGGAAUCAAGAAGAAGAACAGGCAGCCAACUAAGCUGUAA